AUGGGUAACACUACAAGUAGCAAAACUAGCAAGUAUGUUGAAUUUGAAAAUUACAGAUAUAUAGGAGAAUUAAAUAAUGAUAGAAUGCCAAAUGGGAAGGGGGUAGUUUUAUAUAACUCAGGGGAGUCCUUUUACGGUUCUUUUUUAAAUGGGAAAAGAAAUGGAAAGGGGGUUUAUAUAGACCGAAUGCUAACAAAGUAUAUAUGCAACUGGAAAAAUGAUAAGGUUUUUAGAGGAGUGCACAUAAUACCCUUCAAUAGUGAUCGUGUUUUUUUCAUGUUAUAUGAGAACGGACAAGUGGCUUCCUGUGAAAUGUUCGGUAUUGUUAAGAGGAAUAGUAGUGCACGUAGCGAUGAGAAUAUCGAUAAGAAGAGCAGUGGACGUAGCAGUGGACGUAACAGUGGACGUAACAGUGGACGUAACAGUGGACGUAACAGUGGACGUAACAGUGGACGUAGCAGUGGACGUAACAGUGGACGUAGCAGUGGACAUAGCAGUGGACGUAGCAGUGGAAAUCUUAACAUGAGCGACCUAAACCCACUCCGUAGUUCGAACGGAGUAACAGUAUCUGCUUCUGCUCAGGAAGAGAUAAAUAGGGAAAGAAGUGAAGAGGGCCCAAAUAAAAAUGGCGUUACAAAUGAUUGCAUAAAAAGAGAAAAUAAUCUCAUGCAAGACCCCUCCCACUUAAAUGAAAAAAUUAACGUAUCGGAGGAAAAACAAACAUGCAUUUAUAAUAGUCAGCAUUAUGGUGCGAGCAAAAGAGAAGAGAAUAACAAUUUGUACAAAAACAGUAACAAAAAAGAGGUAAAAAUAGACAGUCUGACCAAUUUCUUCUACUCAUCAUCAGACUGUUCUGAUGAGUUCGUUAGUUCAAAUUAUAUAACAAGUUCAACAAAGAAGGAACUCAAAAAGAAGGCCAAUUGUUCACCUAGUUUCCAUUCCCCAAAGGAAGAGAAAGAAAGGGAUGGAAAUAUAAAUAAACAAAUAAAACAACAACUAAAAGAAAAUGAAAUGUCCAACCAUAUAGAUGAUUUAAGGGUAUAUGGAAAAGUGCAUAGUGCCAAUAGGAGAUAUAAAAACAAAUACAUGUUACACAAUAUUGGAAAUCCAAACAAGGGAAAUAUAAAUAUUGAAAAUUACGAAAUGUGGUCUAGAAAAGAAAUAGCUCAAUGGCUUACUCUAUGUAAUGUCCCUAUCAAAUGGAUUAUAUCUGUUUAUAAAAAUAAUAUUACAGGAAAUAUGCUAAAUGAUUUAAAUAUAGAUACCAUAAGGGAACAGCUAGGUAUUUUACCUUACGGACAUGCAAUAAAGUUAUUACAGCUCAUUAAAAAUCUUAGAAUUAUGGCGUACAAUAAAAAAUUUGCAAGGAACCUUCAUCUGGAGGAAUACGCAGGUUAUUUGAAAAGGGUGGGAAAGAAGCAAAGGGAGAAGGAGCAAAAGAAGAAGGAGCAAAGGAAGAAGGAGCAAAGGAAGAAGGAGCAAAAGAAGAAGAAGCAAAAGGGGAAAGAGAAAAAGGAGGAGGAGCAAAAGGAGGAAGAAAACCAAAGGGGGGAAAACAAAAUACAUCCAACUGCUGUAACCAACCAAAGUGCAUCGGAACAAAACCUGGAAGAUGCACAAGUAAAUAAUAGCAUAAACAGAGACACAAUUCCCCCAAUGGAGAAGAAUAUUAUCAAUGAUAAAAAAAAAACUAGUACUUCGAAACCCAUAAAUUCGUGUAUAUCUACUAUGCCCUACAACUGUGUUGAUAAAUCACAAGGAAAACAUGGUCAUACCAUUAAGUUUAUUGAAGACAAGUCUACAAUAUAUAGGUGCAUUGAGAACGCGGGAAUCAGAAAUGAAGAGAAUGGGUGGGCUGGCAAAACUACUGAUCAGAGUAAAGAGGAAGUUGAGGAAGGAACUGAUAAAUGCCGUACGAAUGGGAGUAUAGAAGUCAGUUUGAUUAAAAAAAAAAAAAAAGAAGAAGAGAAAGAUGAUGUUGAUAGAGCGAGGAAAGGGGAGACGACCAAUCAUGUGGAGAAAACUGGGAAAAAGGGGUUAAAUAACCAUGUUGAUGGAACGGGACAAAUGGAGUUAAACAACCAUGUUGAUGGAACGGGACAAAUGGAGUUAAACAACCAUGUUGAUGGAACGGGACAAAUGGAGUUAAACAACCAUGUUGAUGGAACUAAUGAAAGCGAGACGAACAACCGUCUGGGUGGAAUUGACCAAAGGGAGACGAAUACGGAAGAUAUAAAGGACGAAAAAAGGAAAAAAUCAAAGAGGGAGAUAAAAAAAGAAAAACGAAAAUUGCUUUACAACUUUCAUGAGAAAUACACAUUGAUUAAUGAUAUCAUAAACACAUCCAACGAAAAUUUAUAUGUCAGUGAUUCUGCAUUAGAAGUAUCGGUAACUUCCUCAUUGUCAUCCUUUUCCUAUACAACGACAACAUCCGGAUCUCUUACACUAUCUGAAUCUUCAAUUCGUACUAAGACAUCUAGUCUGUUAAGUGUUGAAAGCCAAUCCAAAAAAAUCAAUCCACAAAGUAGAAUCAUUUAUGCAAGGGGUAAAAGUCAUAUGAGUGAUAAAAACGUAAAGAUGAAAUUUUCUUCACCAUUGUCAUUACCUCUGAUAUCACCACAGAAGACCCCCCAACCACCGGCAUCCAAUUUAUCAACCAAUCCCGCUUCAUCAUCCUCUUCUUCAUCAUCCUCGUCCAGUGCUUCCUCCUGCACAUCGUCCCUUUUAUCAUCCUCGUCUUUCUGCUCAAGCAGAAGAGAAGAUAUCAUAUUUAGCACUCGGAACAAAAUAAUAAAGUAUUCAAACAAUAUAUAUAUGAACAACAAUUUAACAUUUUCCUACUUAUAUAGUUUUAUAAUACCGCAUGAAGACUUAACGUUUUUGCAUCACAUAGAAAACUACUAUAUCAUUGAUGAAAAUCAGAGUAGUAUUAACAGUAAAGAUAUUACCAUAGAUGAAAAUUUUCAUUUUAAAAAAAAAGAGAAAAAUAGUUUAUUAAAUUAUAAGAGAGGAAGUAGUUGUAGUGAGAAAGGGAAUGGAAAUACCUUUAACUACAGAAAACUUAAGAGUAGAGUAUUUAAAGGAAAAUAUAUGGGUAAGGAUGUAGCAAUAAAGGUAUUAGUUGGGAAAAUAAAAAAUUUUUAUCACUUCCACAAAAUGAUAUAUAAACUAUAUGUAUUAAGGCAUUCUAAUAUUGCUUUGAUAAUGGGAGUUGCUAUUUAUUAUCCUUUUGUUUUUAUUGUUUAUGAAUAUUUAAAAAAUCGAUGUUUAUUCUCCUACCUACAUUGUAUAAAGAAUGAGCAAGUUUAUAUAAGUAAGUUUUUUAAAAAAUACAAAAGGAGCUGUAUUUCAGGUGUACACAAAGGGGAAUCCACAAAGGGGAGUAAUAAUAAUGGUAGUAGUGGAAGCAAUGGAAGUAGGGGAAGUAGUAGAAGCAGUGGAAGCAGUGGAAGCAGUGGAAGCAGUGGAAGUAGUAGAAGCAGUGGAAGCAGUGGAAGUAGUGGAAGUAGUAGAAGCAGUGGAAACAGUGGAAACAGUGGAAGUAGUGGAAGUAGUGGACGUAGUGGACGUAGUGGAAGCAACGCCUCUAAUGCUGCUAAUGCCGCUAACCCAAACAAUGUUCGUGCUGACCGAAAUGUAUAUGACUAUUCGUCCCCCCCAAACACGGCUUCUCACAAAUAUGAUACAUCAUCAGAUAAGGGCAGAAAAAAAAUGAUUAGUACAGAUGGAAGGGAAAAAAACUGUGUAAUGAACCAAACGCAUUUAACGUGCAGAGUGAAUAGAAUAAAAAGGACAAACAGAAAAAGCAGUAAAAAGAAUGGUGAUAACUACAGUAGUGCGACGGAAAACAGUUUAAGCGAAGAAUUACGUUUUGAGCCAGCUAGUAACAGAACUAGUGAAGGCCUUCGUAUACAGAAUAAUAAAUUUAAUAUAUUCAAUUAUGAACAUAAUGUUUUGUGUGGAGCAUAUGCUGAUCAAAUUAAAUAUAGGAAAGAGAUAAAGCCUCGAGCUGCUAAUGAUACUGAUAUGACAGAACAUAAUUCCAGUUCUGAAUAUGAUGAGGCAUCGAUAGAAAAGAAAGCCAGCAAUAUUGCUACGAACAGAGAUAGCUGUAAUAGGAAAAGCAACAGACGAUAUAAGAGAGACAAACCAAAAAAAACAAAUCCGAAUGAUAUAAGUAAAACUAGCAAAAAAGUUGGUAGUAAACUAGAGAUGAAAAAAAGCAUUCAUUUAGAUCAUCCUUGUUCAUUCCCCGAAUUCCAGAAAGAAUUAUUUUCAUAUUUAAAAAGGAAAAAAAAAGUACUUUUCAGCUACUUAAAAACGCAAAUUUACAUUAAUUCAAGAAAAAACACUUUCAGAAAUAAUCGCCUAAGUGUCCAGAGAAUUAUGAAGAUUAUAACAGAUAUAACCCUGGCAUGCUCGUACUUAGAAAAGCAAAAGUUAUAUCCCCUAAAUUUGAAACCCACUAACGUCCUUCUGGACGAGUUUUUGAAUGCAAAGGUGUCGGACUUUGGUAUUAGCAAAAUUGAAAAAUGCCUUGAUACGAACAUUGAUUAUUCCUAUGUUGUUUUUCCAAAUAAUUUAAUAAAAUUCAACAGAAAAUAUUCACAGAAAAAAGUAAAGAAGAUGCAAAUUGUUAACAAAAAAUCAAAUGAUUUGUUGUACAUAUAUGAUGAUAAGAAUAAUGCGCAUAAAUAUAAUACGAAGCAGAUUUAUUCCUCCUCUGCUGGUCAGUGUGCUCCUAUUUCCUUCUGGACACCCCCAGAGGUUCUAAGGGGGAAAAGAAACAAACUUGCAUAUGCUGAUGUUUAUGCAUUCGGAAUAAUACUAUGGGAGAUGCUGUCUAACAGUAUUCCUUUUAAUUAUCCUUUCAAAUCGCAUUUAGUGGCUGCGGUUGGCUUUGCUAAGGAGCAAUUAUCCUUCAGCAACAUCCCCAUGCCCAUUCAAAGCUUGAUAAAAAGUUGCACUAAUAGGGAUAAAUACAAAAGGCCUACAUUUGGCCAAAUUUUAAUCGUUUUGUCUAAAUUAUACGAAAAAGCAAAUACUAAGGCGGAAGAUGCCUUAAUUUCGUUCAUGGAUGGAACAUAA